CUGCUCGUCCAGUAACCAGCGGAGCGGAGCCGAGCGCAGUCAGUCCGUCGUGUCUCUCCCCGAGGCCGGAUGGUAAAAUCCAACCUCCAGCGGAUCCUAAACAGUCAUUGCUUUGCUCGCGAGAAAGAAGGAAAACCACAGUCUUCAACUACCAUGGCGGAUCUAAGUAGCGGUAUCUGUGACAUGAUUGGGAACCUGUCCCUGCACUGUAGUAGUACCCGCGGCCCGGGGCCUCUGUGGUGCUCCGAUGCCCCUCUCCCACCCCUGAAGAUCCCAGGUGGGCGAGGGAAUGGCACACGGGAUCACACUCCUUCAGCUCGGCCGCUCUAUUCAGACCGGAAGUUGACUGUCACAGAGGAGCCAGCAGGGAACGGUCGCCCCAGGAUUCUCCACUUCCAAAGUCGUCCUACCAUCACCAAGACAGUACAGUGGGAUGCUGUCCUGAGCGGCGGCGGCAGUGGCGGCGGCGGCGCGCUCUACGUGGAGAUACCGCUGGAGCCGCUUCCUGAGGGGAGCAAGGAGAGCUUCGCGGCUCUCCUGGAGUACGCUGAAGAACAUCUGAAAGUCGUUAGCGUGUUUGUCUGCUUUUACAAGAACAGAGAAGAUCGAGCUAAGCUGAUCCGCACCUUCGGCUUUCUGGGCUUUGAGAUUGUGAAACCGGGCCAUCCCCUCGUCCCGCCUCGACCCGACGUUUUCUUCAUGGCCUACACCUUCGACAGGGACUCCUCGGACGAGGAGUAGUCCUCCACCUCCUCCACCCGGCCCGCCGCUCUCUGUAUGCAACACCCCUCCCCCCGCUCUUUGUGUUGAAGGGAAUCAGUAGAUGUAACCUCCUGUGUUUGGUUCUGUUCUCACUCCUCGUUAGUGUCCCUCCGACGGAGGAAGCUCCUCUUUCUGAGUCUGGGUCACGUCCGUCGUCAUAGCUCGCUCGGUUGGUGUUUUCUUUCCUUUCUGAGGGUGGAGGAUUCUUCAUUUCUUGAAUGUACAACUGAAAAGGUCAUCAGGUUUACACUCGGGUACUCCAGCUUUCCUUUGAUUGGCUCAGCUCAAACCAUGUGGAUCCAGUAACCCCCCCCCCCUCCCCGUGGGACCAGCUCUGCCCUGGUAGGACUAACAUCCUCAUCAUCUUCGGCCUCAUUAUUUGAAUUGUUACUUUAAAGCACCCAGAAUCUGGUACUUGACAGCUGGACGGUGAGUCCAGGAGGGCCGGCGGCGCUCCGGGUCCAAGACGUGUAACUGGUACAAAGUGAAAGAUCCAAAGUGCUUUUCCUGCUUCUGUCUGCCGUGUUUAUCUGACUAUAUUGUUUUGGAAGUUGAAAAGAAAAGAUGCUGUGAUGUUCUGAUCGGACCGUUAUUUCCUCUGGAUUAGCAUUCCUUAACUUUGUUCAUGGUAGUUUGAGUUUGUUGUUCACCUGCGUAGUGGUACCUGUUGUGCUUCUGUGAUAAUAAAACCACAAAAAUAAAA